CAAACGAUUUUGUGUUUCUCUCGAGAUCGUUUUAGACCUAAUUUCCGCCGCCUCACGGUUCAAUCUGUUACUUAAGUUCCCGCAAAGGAAAACUCGACAAGCGAAUUUCGAUAAGGCUGCAAACGAACGCUAAAAACAAAAAAAUCUUUCGAAUAACAAACUGUAGAAAAUAGAAGCGACAACCAUCAUCGAAACGGUAAUUUCCUGUGUGUGUGGUGAUCGAAACGACCAACGAAUUCGACAACGGCCGGAAUUUUGAAGCAGCUUCCGGUAGUUAUUUUAUUUUUAUUAGCACUGCACAUCAUUCAUCCGAAUUGACGCUUUGGAUGCAGAAGUUUUAUUUUUUUCUUCCAUUCUGUGCUAGUGGCAAAGCAGUAGUUUACUAAUAAUCUCAGUUUAUGUCAGUGGUAAAAAUAACCUGGUGACACAAGCGAUUUUCUGUGUGAGAGACAUUUCUCCGGAUUGCGUACUAUUUGUGUGUACUACUGUGAGGGUGUUGGUGGUGACUUUAGCGGGACGCUGCCGGUGGAAGAAACCGUCGGAACUUUGUGUUUUUUGUUAGAAUAAUUAUACUACCAUCAUCGAAAACUAUGAAGAAUACGACUUAUCGACUAAUCGAAGAAAUAGUUCUAACAACUGGCCAUUUUUUCCAACAAACACUCGAAGUGGUAAGCAGAAACUAGUAUACUUUGGAAAUUGUCAUAGCAACACUAGUUUAGAAUCAAAAUAGUGUCUAAUUAAUCGAAUGAUUCUUCAACGUUUGUAUGUGAGUGAAUCGUAACUGUCGUCAUACGUGUUCUUAAUGUGAUCACCGUGAAGUGUCUGAUAAAACCAAACAGGUGCAAUUAUUCUUACGGUAGUAUAGUGUAGUGAUUUUUACGUACCGAUCCUGUUCGCGGAAGAAAAAGAAUAAUUUUCCAACCUCAACCGAAAACUACAGCAAGCAGUGUGAUAUGGAGAUCAUGUCGAUUGUCUGCCGUUGGUUUUUGAUUUUUUGUUUUGUUUCCUUCUGUUCCGAGCACGCUUCCGUCAACGGCCCCAAAAAUGCUCGCUAUGCGUCGUGAAAGUGACCAAAUCUACAACGUCAGUAGUGCCAGUGCAAUCAAUCACACCAGUAUCUACAAUCAGCACUUGAUUCCGUCCCACGCCAUCGGUAGUGGCACCGAUCCCGGUAGCAGCUCAGAGCAUACCACCAACAGUGCCCUGUCGUCGUCCCACCUGAGUAACACCAGUGACAACAGCAGUGCUAAUGCUAGUGCUAGUGCUAGUGCAAAUCAUAGUUCGGUUAGUGUAAUAGACGGUGAUUCGUCAAGUGCUUGCGGAACCAGUGGUUCCACGGUUCAAUCACAACUAACAGCGCCUUAUCAUCAUCAUCACCAUCAUCACCACCAUCACUACCAGUCGCAGCAGUCACAACAUCAGACUGGUCAGCAUCACACCGUAGGCCACAGCUUCAACGGUUUCGGAAGUCUGAGCGGCGUUGCGCCGAACGCCUACGGCAGCUACAACAACUACGGAACUGGAAUUACCAAUCGUUCCAACCCGAACGCCAGCUUAGACGAGUACGUGGAUAUCCUACAGGUUCAACAACUGUUGCUGGAAAACUCAUCCAAUCCCUCCCCAUCUGGCUCAAUCACUUCAACUAUCAACAAUCACAACUUGCCAUCCAACACCACAACUACUGCAACCUCAUCCCUUCCAGUGAGCACUUCGUCCACUGUAGCCACAAAUUCCUCCUUCUCGUUAUCAUCCCCACUCAUACUCAACGGAAGCUCUAAAAACCGACCCAAAGUUAACCUUCAAAAAGCCUCCGAGUACUCAGCAGCAGCAGCAGCCGCCGCCGCCGCAGCAGCAGCAGCGAAUCAGCUUCAAGGCGAAUCACCGUCCAAGCGGUUGCUGUUUGAUUAUCCGAGUCCAUAUUUGUAUGGUAAUUAUCAUCCGUCGCCGAGUGACGAUCUGGUCGCUUUAUGGUUUGGAAGUAACGGAGCAGGUGGCGUUGCCCCUGGACCACCGGCAGCUGCCAUGAUCAUGGAAGGGCUAGAAACCUUGGUUGCGCCAUCGCAUCACACAUUCCUACUGACCGAAUCAGCUGCUGCGGCACACUUCAACGUGCUCAGCUUCGAUACCUGCGGCCUGUUCAAGACCGCAGCCACCACAACGUCGUUGGGAUUGAACAACAACAACUCCGCAACACCCAACAACAAUCACCAUCAUCUGUAUCAUCCGUAUCAUCAUCAGACGCACACGGCUGCCACUCACCACAGCCAAACGGUCAAUCAUCAGAAUCAGCAACACACGGUGCAAACUUCCUCCACCACCGCUAACAGCAGCAGCAGCAGCAGCAGCAGCAGCAACAUCAGCACUUCAACCCCAUCCUCCUCCAUUUCGACACAAGCAACAUCUACGUCAACCUCCUGCUCGACCAGCAACUCCCACCAUCCCCAUUUGAGCCUCCUAAGUACCACUGCGACCAGUGGCCAUCACUCUUCCGAUUCCAACCUGCAUCAGUCAUCCGAGGAUCACUCCCAAUCGCAAAGUGACGCUCAAACCGGAGAUCUCAACACUCCCGUCACGACCUCCGGGGACAUUCCGUCCUUCUUCGGACCGUCCACCGUCGUCGAGCCACCACCGAUUACAGGAUCAAUUGAAUCGGACGAUCUCUCGCUGGAACCGCAAACCGUUUCCAGUCCGUGCGCAAGCCUGUGCAGCCCGACAAAACAGGAACGCAGUACCCCACAAUCGGUGGUCAUUGAGGAGGAAGCUAGCAACACCAGCAGCAACGCCAUGUACCCGUCGUCCUCGUCGCACCACCAGCAGGCUACGCAGUCCUCAUCACAUCACAGCAACAGCGGUAGCCAGGAAAUGCAUCACGAUCAAUCGGUUGAAAAUGAGGAGAGUAAAAUCUCGUACCGAGGAAUAUUUACCACCACCUCUGGGGUCGGUAUGGGCGGCCUCCAGACAGCAACCGGUUCGCAGCUCUCGAUUAUGUCCGGUCAGAUGUCACCUACUUCCGGGCUGAGUGGUUGGGGUUUACCCAGUCCCGAUAAGAAUCUAUUUCAGCCACCAAUGUUUGGACUGCUCGGUCCCGGACCACAAAGUUCAGCCCAAGCUCACUUUGCUGCCGCUCAACAAUCGGCCAUCAGCUCUGCUCAAACACCUUCCCCAGCCGGACAUCAUCAGCACUCAUCCCAUCACUACGGUACCGAUGAGCGGUCGCAUCAAUCCGUUGAGCUGCUCGGACUUAACAUGGAUUGUCCAAGCAUCAUUCUCAAACAACCGCCCAGCUACGCCAGCUGUGUUUCGUCUCUGGACAUGCAAGCUCAGCAGCAGCAGCAGGCCCAAGAAAUGCAUCAAUACUCCCGCAGUCAAAGCUUGAGCAUGGGUCAAACCCCGAAAUAUCAGUGGCUUGAUUCACCGGUAGAAUACGGCAGUCCACAGCAUAGUGUUGUUAUUCCGGGACCGUCUUCCUCCUCGUCGGUGGGCAUUAUUCCCAAGCAAGAGCCCUAUACCUCCCAGUGUCCAGACGUCAGUCAACUCAGUCAGCUAACACCUCAGCAGCAAGCUCAGUACGCAGUGCAACUCGCCGAGUACAAUCCCUCUACCAGCAAAGGGCACGAGAUUCUCAAUCAGGUGUACCAGCAAAGCCCGAUGCCACUGAAGCUAGUCCCGGUUAAACCACGGAAAUAUCCUAACCGACCCAGCAAAACUCCGGUUCAUGAGCGGCCGUAUGCCUGUCCUGUCGAAAACUGUGACCGCAGAUUCUCCCGGUCCGAUGAACUCACCAGACAUAUCAGAAUACACACCGGCCAGAAGCCGUUCCAGUGUCGGAUUUGCAUGCGCUCAUUCAGCCGUUCGGAUCAUCUCACGACCCACAUCCGGACGCACACCGGCGAAAAACCGUUCUCCUGCGACAUUUGUGGCCGUAAAUUUGCUCGUUCCGACGAGAAGAAACGUCACGCUAAGGUUCACCUUAAACAACGGAUAAAGAAGGAAAAGAACUCCCACGGCAGCAGUAGUAGCAGUAGUGCAAACAAUAGCAGUAGCGCAAGUGGCAGCCAUCAUCAUCAUCAACAACAACAGCAGCAGCAGCAACAGUCACAACAACAUCAUCACCAUGUCUCAGCUACCCAACAGCAGCAGCAACAGCAACAUCAUCAUCACCAUCACCAAGCCAGCCUACACUCGCAUCACCUUCUGCACGAAGACAUCAACGGUAUCCCAAUUGUGUCCUCAUCCAGUGCGGCUGGCUUGUAGACCGAACUACCGUCGAUCGACGUAAUGCGUUUGAAUGACCCCCAGAUCGAGCUAGUGCACGAUGACCCGUUCAUGGGUUACAUCGAGACGGCUCGAGCUGGUGCUUCCGGAGUAGCCCGUAGCAGUAGCACCCAACCGAACCGACCGACAUCAGCCGUCCUGCUGGACAUUGCCGAAGAGGAUACACCCGUACUCUCCUCCGCCGGCGAUGACGAGGAAGACGUAGACGUUGGUGAGAACAGCCGACCGAUUCCCGAGCCGCAAUCUUCUGGCAGCAAUCCUGACCCAAGCGCAGUUAGUGUUAGUGGUAACCGGGACGAACCCGCCAAUGACGAGCCCCAGGCCGUCAUCGGCGAUCAGUCGAUUGUGAUCGUUCUGUUGGUUGAGUAAGUAGCCUCGUGGUGCGACACGUACAAGACGAAUACUGUUCAAAUCUCAAAAGGUGCCAAAAUAAGUGCAACAGCAAAUUAUCAGCAUACGAAAUUGACAGAAGCAAAACAAAUAUCAUUCAACGCGCAAACUUCGUUCGACACGCCUACUGUUCGAAAAAUCAGACCUCCUGUCUGCAUACAGUGAUGCAUCGCGGAAAUGUCACAUGUGCCAAAUGAUGAACCACGAGUUACGAAAGAAAAGCAACCUUUGUUCACGUUAAAAGCCACUACUGACUACUUCCGGAUGCAAAACUGUACUGCAAACAUACACACACAUAGACACAACAAAACCAAUGAACAAGAAAAGGUAAACACACAUACAAAUGAAAAUAAAUUCUACUAAAAUAAAAACGAAAUGCUAGAGAUAUUUUACCGCGAAAUUUAGAAACUCUUCAAUUCGACUCGCUGUACUUUCAUACCAGCACGUGAUCACACCACUGACUAAUAUAAAUGUUGCCACACACAUACACACUCACAUAUACAAUUAUUUCGCGCACGAACACGGUUAAUCUCACAAAAUGAAAACACGUAUACGUAUAUUAGACGUUGAUGAAUGAUUCAUGUUGUUUGAAUGUUUCACCAAAGGAGUAUUUUUCCAAUUCGAACAUUUUUCUAAAUCUGAUCAGACUAAUGUGUGUUAGCCUUAGGAUCGAUUCGUCGCAACCUUUUCACAUACGAACAACACCCCGACACUUACGCAAACAGUGAGCACCUAUUUUGGUCUGAUAGGUGCGUACCGUGCAAGAAUACAAACACACACACCUACACAAACACACACACACUCACACAAAAGCACAGACAAAUGAUUCAAGAAAGGCGAGAUUGUUCUUUACUACAAUUUUAUCUCUAAACACUGUGAUCUCAAUUUAUAAGUAACAGAGAACGAAAAAAUAGACUUUUUAAUAAAAAAAAAAUUAGCUAUACUGUAAAUGAGAAGAAAGAAUUUACGCUAUAAAAUCGAAUACAAGAAGAUGUAACACUUUUGGUGCAAUGCCUGGUUGACAAAACAAAAACAAAGUUUUCUGAAAACACUGCUAGAGGCAAGGAACCUACUGUGAACCGUACUAACUUCGAGUAGUUGUCAUCAUGACACUGCGAGGAACUAAAUUAAGCGAGUAUAGAUGCCACACAUUACUACUUCUGUAGCAUAUAAAACAUACACAUCAAGUGGAAAACAAUGAAAAUCACUUCGAAAGUAACGAAAUUCAUUCGGCGGACGUCCGCCGAUUCAAAAAAAAAAAAGUUCUUAAAAAGAAUAGGAAUCAUACUAAACCGUACUAAACCAAGCAUCAUUGAAGAGAAACACUGUAGUUAGGAAAGUAUUUUUCUAAAAUAAUUAAGUAAAUAUGUUACUGAUACAAACAAAACACACAAAGUGCAAGAUCGACGACAAUCCGGAGGUUGUUGUUUCCCGCUAGACUCCUGCAAGAAGCUUCUGUUUAGUUGAUUUUUCUUUUUGUAUAAUACCGAGCUGAGCAACUUUCCCUCUCUCUCUCUAGAAUGAAUGUGCUGCCAUAUUAAGAUAAUUAUUAGUUGCUUCCGAAUUGAGAUGAAAGAUAUCGCAUUUUUUUUAUUGCUUCUGUUUUAUUUCCUGUACAUUUCAAAAACUGUAUAGUCCCACAGUUCUGCCAGUGCCAUUAGUAAAUCACGUUUCCCCAGAGACGUUUAUAGUUUCGUGUUGAGCUUGCCAUGAACUUUGAGAUUCCACCGAUCGAGAAACGACUCUUUCUAGAGAGUUCUCUUAUUACUCUUUUUUUUUGUUAAGUUCCAGUGCUAGUCUGAGUGCUUCUAGGUUAAGAAUUAGAUACAUGAGAGUGAAUGCAAGCAAGUUUCGUCAGAAACUGGUAGGAGAGAAAAUACUACUAUUAAAUAAAAGAUGAAUCGAAUACAUAUUUUACAGAAGCAUAACCAAUUAAACAAAAUCACAAUUACAGAAAGCGAGUUAAGCAAGUUUAAGCAAACUAUUAGAAUCAAAACCCUUCUUUCUUUCAAAAUAACACAGUAAGGAACGAAAAGGCUUUAAUUAAUUAACAAUAGACGUUAAGCGAAUGUUGAGAAAAGUUUUGACAAGAAAAAAAAAGUUAUUAAAAAUAUUUUGCCAAAUAACACAAAUUUUGUUAUAUUUUACGACCUCUUUUUGUUCCGCGUUUGUUUUCUCGCCCUGAUUCCUUCCAUUUUUUUAUUCUUGUUUUCGAUGCUGUAUUUAUUUCUUUAUCUUUUAUUAUAGACAUUAAUGAUCUACUGUUAAGCAAAGUUUUCUAAUAAAAAUAAAUCAUACAUUCCACAAAACUUUUCGGUUGUUUUUGUUUCUUCCUAACUUAUCCGCUAAUGCUCCGUUGGACAGUUUUUGUUCCGCCUUCUUUCGUUCUAUGUACAACAGCGCAUGCUAUCAUUUGUUACGUUUCCGUUUCGUUUUCGUAUCGUUUGGCAGCCACGCACACACACACACGGACGCAGUCCACAUCAAGAGUGUGCAGUGGUGCCAGAUCGAAUAACCCUUAGAACAAAACAGAAUCAUGGUGCAAACAAUCUUCAGAUCAAAUUUACAAGUGAAAUUUUGGUGCAGGACCUGUCAUUUUUCGUAGACCGUACGAGAAAAAUUCCUAAAACAAACCGAUGAAGAUGGAUUUCACGAUCGAUGAGAUUGAGCGAAGUAAAGUGGCUUCUGUUUUUUACAUCUUUUUAGAGAUACCAGCAGCCGUAUUUAGACUAGGAAAACAUCAAAAUAGAUCAGACAAAAAAAACAUUGCUGCACAUAAAACCGUAGUGAAAGCUAACUUUACAGGUUAAUAUGGCCUUAGAAAUUAAAGAUCUAGAGGUUGAUCCGCCAGCAAAAAAAAAAAAGUAGUGGCCCCGAAUUCCCGGGUAAAAUCUGAGUAUUCGGGAUACAUUUGCCCUUCAACUCGGCCUAUACGACACUAACUGCAGUUGUUAAGCAAAAAGGGAAAUCGUAUACAAUUUAACCCAAUCAUCGCAUUUCGAUUUUCAGUUCUAUGGUGGUCUUCACCGGAGUGGGUACUUCAUGCAUACAGGUAUAGAAUAUGGUUCAAAUCAGUACGAAUGUUGAUGAAGUGAUAGAGAUAAAGCAAAUUUGACACGAAAAAAGAUCGGUUUAUGAACAGUCUUUUUUCCGAUCUGAAAAAAAAAACAAAAAGCACAAACAACAGCAACGAAAGACCUUAUGCAUCAAAUGCUCACGAGCGGAGAUAUUCUCCGACAGAAGAAAAAAGAUACCUUUAUUUGAUUGUUACUUAACAUGAUUCGACAGUUGUAGACUAUUUGGAAUGAAAAGAUUGCUAGAAUAUUUAGGUAAUCGGCAUUAUAUAACCUUAUCAGCUUAUCGAGCUGUAGCUGAACCGUUUAUUUAUUAGGAUAUUUUAUUAAAAGUGUUUAUAUAAGGAGAACUAUUCAUUUUUCACUAGAUAGAAUCAAUUUUAAGACUCUCUCAAUUGGUGAAUAUACAAUAAAUCAUUGAAUCACACUUCUAUUAAAUAGAAUCAAAAACUAAACGAAGAAAUCGAACAAUAAUGGGGAGAUUGAACGCCUCGUAUUUCGCGCGGCAAAUGUAUCUUCGUUAAAAAGCUUCUCAGUUCAAAGAAAAAAUUACAGAUCUUUUCAUCGAAACUUCAUGUUACAAUAAAACCAUCAUAAUAAGGGACAGAGCAGUACAAAUCUUUUGCAGAUUAUAAAAUACAAAAAUUAAACGCAUCAAAAGAAUCUUUUACAUCAGAAUGGCCGUUUCUGAUACAAAGCAAAAACCAUUGCGACUCUUAUUGACCAGCAAGGACAAAUGUCUUAUUUUCGGAAAUUAUUCGUGAUUUUCAUAAGAAGAAAUCACAAACGGAAAAAAAACAUACAAAUGUUAGCGUAAUUAGAUGUAUUUAUCUUCUAUUUAUUAUGUAGUACAGACAAGAACAAAUCGUUCGUGAAACGAACCGUUUAUCUUUAACUAUAAGAAGAUCGGAGAUAAUAUGGCAUAGGAAAAUCCUUUAUUCGCUAUUAUUCUGAGGAGACAAAAUGGACGAAAAACUUGCAAAAAAAAAACAUAAAUUGAUGUGCAAUCUAAAAUACUCGUUAGGACGGAAGAAACUGUGAAACACUUCCAUUUCCAUACCAAGCGAAGCACAGUCUAAUCAUUAUGGUUAAGUAUAAAAUGCAGAAAUCUGGUUGUAAAUCUAUCUCUCUUACGAUUAAACACAAACAAACACACAUACAUUAUAUUUAUAAGACUCGAGCAUAUUUUUCUAAGUUCAUCUCUUUUUAAUUGUUUCCCAGUACCAGAACAGUUUGUAACAAAAUCAUACUGUAUAAUCAUGGAAUAAAUUGAAAAUAUUGUUGGAAGGAA